AUGUCACAAGAAGAUUUAGGCUCAUUGAUUAAAAGAUUUAGAUUCGUUAGAGUCUUAGAUUCCAACCCUCAAACCAAAGUCCUUUCCUUACUUGGUACCAUAGACUCUAAGGAUGCCAUCGUCACCGCUGAAAAGACUCAUUUUAUCUUUGAUGAGACAGUUCGAAGACCUUCUCAAGAUGUGAGCGAUCCUAGACCAAUCUUUUACCAUUGUGAAAAUGAGUACUCCUGUAUUAAUGGUAUUGAAGACUUGAAGGAAUUGACCUCAAAUGAUAUUUAUUACUGGGGGUUGUCCGUGAUAAAACAAAGUAUGGACUAUAAUCCAACAGCAAAAUUAAACCUAAUUUGGCCUGCCACAUCCGUUCAUAUCAAGAAAUAUGAGCAACAAAAUUUCCAUCUAAUUAAAGAGACACCUGAAAUUUAUAAGAAGAUCGUUAAACCUUACAUUGAUGAGAUGGCUGAAGGUGGGAGACUAAAAUGGGUUAACAAUAUUCUUUAUGAAGGUGGAGAGGCAGAACGUGUGGUUUAUAAGGACUAUAAGGAAGAUAAGAUCGAGGAAAGUUUUAUUAUCUUACCUGAUAUGAAAUGGGAUGGACUAAGUGUUGACUCUCUAUACUUGGUUGCUCUAGUUUACCGAACUGAUAUCAGAUCUAUUAGAGAUAUUAAACCAGAACAUAAGGAAUGGCUGAUUAAAUUAAACAAUAAGAUUAAAUCUAUCAUUCCUGGUUGUUAUAACUAUGCGAUCAAUCCAGAUGAAUUAAGAAUAUUUAUUCAUUAUCAACCGUCAUAUUAUCAUUUUCAUAUACACAUCGUUAAUAUCAAACAUCCAGGUUUAGGGAAUGGUAUUGCAGCAGGGAAGGCAAUUUUAUUGGAAGACGUAAUCGAAUCCUUGAACUACUUAGGUCCUGAAGGGUUUAUGACUAAGACAAUGACCUACGUGUUGGGUGAAAAUCACGAUCUAUGGGGAAGAGGCCUUGAUAAAGAGACAGCAAAGCAACUAGAAGAAGAUGGAAUUCCAAAGACUCCAACAAUUGUCAACGGGUUUGCAUUUAAUCAUUAA